CUCCUUCAGACCCUCAAGGAUCAGAGUUAUUAGCGAUAGAAAGAUCUAAAGCAACAUUUGAUGUUAAAGAAUUAACAUUGGCAUUGUAUGGAACCGAUGGGUUAUCUAGAAUAAAUAAGAUCUUAAAGGUUUUGGAAAUCGAUCCCACUUUUGAUAAAAGGCAUAUUUAUUUUAUGGGAAGAACCGAAUUGUAUACAUAUGCUUUGAAGUGUAAUAAGAAAAUGGCUAAAUUGAUUGGGACCGAAGAACAAAAAAAGAAAUUUCUCAACCCGGAAAUAAAACAUGAAAUAAUUGGAUGUUAUGCGCAAACUGAGUUAGGUCAUGGGUCAAAUGUUCAAGGGUUAGAAACUACGGCCACUUAUAUUCCUGAAACGGAUGAGUUUGAGAUACAUUCUCCUCAUUUGACCUCUGCCAAAUGUAAUUAUGCGAUUGUGAUGGCAAAAUUGAUAACUAAUGGAACAGACAAAGGUCCACACCCAUUCAUUGUACAGAUUCGAGAUCUAACGACUCACGAACCGUUACCAGGAAUUAUUAUUGGAGACAUUGGACCAAAGUUUGG